UCUCGGGAAAUUGACCAGUCAGUGGGUGCAUUUUUUUCGUUUCACUACCCGCCGUUACAGUCUGCUGCGAUUGUCCUGUACCUCGCCUCGUAUCCCCACAUCAAUUGUACACCACACCACCGCAUGCCAAAACAACAACCAUGGGCAAGCCGCGGAUGAUCAUCUUGAUCCGACAUGCUCAAUCAGAAGGGAACAAGAACCGCGAGAUUCAUCAGACCAUCCCGGACCAUCGGGUUAAACUGACCCCGGAAGGACAUCGGCAGGCUCUAGAAGCAGGAAGCAAAUUACGCGCCCUCCUCCGACCAGAUGACACGAUACACUUCUUCACAUCUCCCUAUCGUCGCACACGUGAAACCACGGAGGGCAUUCUUCAGUCCUUGACUUCGGACUCGCCAUCCCCAUCCCCGUUCCCGCGGCAUACAAUUAAGGUCUAUGAGGAGCCUCGGUUGCGCGAGCAGGACUUUGGCAAUUUCCAGCCUUGUUCGGCCGAGAUGGAACGAAUGUGGCUGGAAAGAGCUGAUUAUGGACACUUUUUCUACCGUAUACCCAACGGUGAGUCUGCCGCGGACGCCUACGACCGUGUCAGUGGGUUCAACGAAUCGCUUUGGCGCCUGUUCGGAGAGGACGACUUUGCUAGUGUCUGCGUGCUGGUUACGCAUGGCUUGAUGACGAGAGUGUUUCUCAUGAAAUGGUACCAUUGGAGCGUGGAAUACUUUGAGGAUCUACGGAACAUCAACCAUUGCGAGUUCGUUAUUUUGAAACUCAAUCCAGACAAUGGUAAAUAUGUCCUGCAAAAUCAGCUCCGGACUUGGUCCGAUCUGCGCAAGGAAAAAGAGCUGGAACGGCAACACGAACGUGCAGCGAAAGGCCUCAGCCCUGCACAGCCCGCAACGCCGUCGGAGACAACGUCGGUACCGGUUAGACGCAAGUGGGGUGGCUGUCCCGAGGGGUGUAAUCACGGAAUUCGAAAAGGAAAUUCCUUGCGUUCAGCUCGAGCACACGGAUCAGAACAACCCAAGCUUCACGUGGACACUUCAUCCCCCGUCUCCAGGAAGACAAGCGAUCCCAAGGACAACUCCGACAAGACUAAAGCUGACCACGAUGCUUCUCCAACUACAACCUCGAAAGAUUCGGCCACGCAUGGAGAACCACAUAUGAUCGCAGCCCCCGAGCCAGCACUUGGAGAUCGAUCAAGGGAUGUUCGCCCUUUAGAGAGAACACAUCCUGCUCCUUCGCCGAAGUACGAGUUUCAUGGCACGCAACUAGAACUCGAGGUCUCAAGCGCGACCUUGGAUAAGGCACUGCCCAUCCGAACCAAAGCCAUUGCCUUGACUGACACAAGUCAAUCAUCCGACCAACCAUUCCCCUCAUCAACCCGCUCCAGCCCCAGCCCCAGCUCAAAUCCAGUCCCGCGCCGGCCAGACCUCCGGCACUUCCAUCGCGACAGCGAAGACCACCUCCUUCACCCACCCCGCUCCACCUACGCUUACAUCCACCUGGUCGGCCGUGACGGCGGAGGCUCCCUGAGCGGAGCGAACAGCCUUGCACCCUCUGAGGACGAGCGGGAUGAGAAACACGAAUAUCAGCACCACCACCACCACCACCACCAUCACCACCACCCGAGCCAUGAGCACCAGCAUGAACCAACUCAGUCGGCUCCAGAAGCCCGUCCGCGCUCCGCCUCCACUUCCAAUUACCUCUAUCCCCACCAGCAUCAUCACCACCACAGCCAUCGCCCGGACCCCUCUCGCAAACCAUCUCAGGAUCUCGGCAACGACGGCGACGACGAGAGCAGCAGCCGACAGAGCGAUCGACCUCGUCGCACCCGUUCUCACAAUUACCACCGCCAUCCUCAUCAUUCCACCACCUCCAGCGGUCGUCGAGCCAUCCAAGCGAAGCGCGUAGCCAACAUCCUCACCCAACAUCAACUGCAGCCGCAUCAGCAACAACCCGACAACCACGAUGACGACAACGACGACGAAGACCAUGACGAGUAUUUCUCCGAGCAAUGCGCAACCUGCCAGGCGGACCAGUCUCAGCACGUCCACGAAGGCAGUAAUCAGACUAACGAACCCGAGCACGAGCACGCAGACGACCCUAAUGACCAAACUGAUACUACUCCCAUGAACCCCAAAGUCGAGGACGAGGACGAAGACGACACCCUAGAAGCCCAACGCCGCGAAGACCAAAGCAUCAGAGGAAGCGUCUACUGAUUUUUCUUUUCUUUUCCUUUUCCCAUCAUGAGAUCUUAGUUAUCUACUACGAAACACACUCCCCAAGCAUCAAAUAACCGACAUCAAUCCGAUUAUUCAUACACUGCAUUAUACACAUUUCUCAAUCUAUUUUAUGA